GAUUCUCCUAUUGGUAUGGUAAAGCUGAAUGUGGAUAGAGCUAAACUCAGCAAUGUUGGAGUUGCAGCUGGAGGUGUUAUUAAAAGCACAAGAGCAUCUGGCGUUUGGUAAGCCAGCUUAUUUUCAGGCUUUAAAAAAAGCUGCCCCAGCUUAUGGCGAAAAGCAGAAGCUGGCUCCCCCCAGCUUUUAAAAGCCAGAAGCUCGGAGUGUUACUGUAGCGGUAACACUGUUCAUUAAUGAAUUUUCCAAAAUCCCGUUUUGUAUCCUCCGUUGGCUGAAACAAUUACAGCCGAUGCCACCCACCCUCCAUCAGUCUCUCGAUCCCAUCUCUCACUCGAUCCCAUCUCUCAUCUCCCUCUGCUCUCUCCCAUCUCCCAUCUCCCCUCUCCCCUCUGCUCGAUCUCCCUUCUCCCUCUGCUCGAACGCAUCCCAUCCGAUCUCCCUUCUCCCUCCAUCCGAUCUCUCUCAAAUAACCCAUCACAGAACGCAUCCAAUCCCUGCUCGAUCUCCCAUCGGUCUCCGGUCGAUCUCCCUUUGCUCGGUCUCCGGUCGAUCUCCCAUCUCCAUCGGUCGAUCUCCCAUCUCCAUCCGGUCGAUCUCCUCUGCUCGGUCUCUGCUCGGUCUCCGGUCGAUCUCUGGUCGAUCUCCGCUCUCCUCUGGUCGAUCUCCCUCUGCUCGGUCUCCGGUCGAUCUCCCUCCGCUCGGUCUCCGGUCGGUCUCCCUGCUCGGUCUAUCUCCUCUGCUCGGUCUCCCUCUGUUCGAUCUCCCUCUCACAGAACCCAUCCAAUCACAGAACGCAUCUCGGCCUCACUUGCAUCUGAAAUUGAAGCCUCAAUCAAGCAAUUUUCGAAUCAAGCAAGAAAGACUCCUCACAGCUGAAAAUCAGAGGCUAAAUGAGAAGGAAAAUAUUAUGUUGUAGAUUCCGGAUACCCUCAAAUGAAUGGAUUUUUGGGAUUUAUGGGUCAAGUGGUGAGAUAGAAAUGGAUGAUGAUGUACAAGAAGAAUAUCAUGGUCACGGUGCACAAGAAAUGGAAGCAAUAAGAAAUAGCAUUACUCAAAGUUUGAUAAAUGCGCGUAAUAACGUGAACAUUUGAUGUGAACUAGAAACUAUGAUUUAUAAUAAUAUAGUCACCAUGAUUUAUAAUCAUAUUGUCCAAUAUUAAUCAAAUAGUCACCAUGCUUUAUAAAAAUUCAAAGUUAACAAAAAUUAAUACGGACAUAAUAAAGAUUAAAAAUAAUAACAAGAUCAUUUGAACAAUAUUGUUUUAUAUACAAUUAAUUAAGCAAAAUAAUCUCUCAUGUCCAAUUCGGUCAUUCCACAAAUAAAAAGCACAAGCCAGUUUGAUUUACCAAAUACUUUGCCACUGCUUCUGCCACUGACAGCCCUUAUAAAAAGCCAGUUUACCAAACACUCAGCAGCUUUGCUUUUCAGCCACUUAUUCUCA